UAUUAUUAAUAUUAUAUUACAAAAUGUGCAUUGAACUCGUAUGGGGGUCAUACAGCCAGUGGCUAAGAAAAAUGUUUGAGCUACCCGGCGCUCUGGUAGUUACUGCCCAUAGAUGAGGUCUCCACAGCAUGAUUUUAUAAAUGCAAGAACAUCCCCUAGUGCCAGCCUAAACCUCUGUAAAGAAAACGAGCCAAAGGCAUUUAAAAAAAAUUCAAGGACUCUUUACAUUCUUUUAGUAAUUUUUAUAACUCGGUCUUCGAGCUUAGCUGAAUAAGACUCUGGAAUGGGAGAAAGUCAUAAACAUUAAGUGUAAACAACAGGUUAUACAAGUGGAUAGCUCCUGGAUACUGUGGUUUUGGGAGAAAGAAGUGAGGGCUUUUGUUAUAAACGGCUGCAGUUAUUUCAGUCUUGGAUAAAAGUAAUAUAUCUUUGCGUUAUCCGGGUUCGUAACGCUUAUACAACAGUAAAACGCUGAGUAGAAAACUUAUCGACAUGAUCCAAAACACCAGCAAAGUUUCGCGCAGUGAGAUCGAACAGACAUUUUCUUAUCGUGAAGACUUCCCGGCGAAGAACUCGGCGCUCCUGAAGACGUCUUUGGAUGGACCGCACCAAGAGGAACAAGACCUGACAUCAUCUGUCCGCCUUCUGUCCUUGCGGGGAAGCCUAGAUGAAUCCUUCCCGAUAGACAUCCUGGAGGAGGCGGUGAAUCAGACGCUGGUCAAUGUGUCCUCAUAUAACGAGAGUGGAGUGACGGAGGGCGUGGUGAAAACUCUCCCGCAGGAGAUGCUCUUCAACACCUCCCACGUCAUUACCAUCAGCGCAUACUCCUGCCUCAUGGUCCUCUCAGCUCUGGGCAACAUCUCAGUUCUCAGAUCUAUUGCAGGGUUUCUAGUGGCCUUGAAAUGUUCAACGCUGGUGAACUGUGAACCGGUGAACUGUGAACUGGUGAACUGUGAACUGGUGAACUGUGAACUGGUGAACUGUGAACUGGUGAACUGUGAACUGGUGAACUGUGAACUGGUGAACUGUGAACUGGUGAACUGUGAACCGGUGAACUGUGAACUGGUGAAUUGUGAACUGGUGAACUGUGAACUGGUGAACUGUGAACUGGUGAACUGUGAACUGGUGAACUGUGAACUGGUGAACUGUGAACUGGUGAACUGUGAACUGGUGAACUGUGAACUGGUGAACUGUGAACUGAGGUUCAUGAAGUGUUUGUGUUGCAGACACCGGUCUCGGACCUUGGCCUCCAGGGUGACGCUGAUGAUUCUCCACCUCACCAUUGCUGACCUCCUCGUCACCUUCCUGCUCAUGCCCCUGGAGAUCGGGUGGUGCGUGGACGUGUCCUGGGAGGCUGGAGAUUUAGCCUGCCGCAUCCUGGCCUUCUUCAGGACCUUCGGCGUCUUCCUCAGCGGGUUCCUGCUGGUUGCCAUCAGUGUUGACAGGUAAUACUCCGUGCUGCGUCCUCUACCGACAUGUACUACAGGUUUCAAUGACUACAGUACUACAGUUGUCAUGGAUAAAAGUACUACAGUUAUCAUGAUUAACCAGUACUCAGACAGUUUUAUUAAUGACUACCAAGACUACAGUUAUGAUGACUACCAGUACUGCAACAGUUAUCAAAAUAAAAAGUACUACAGUAUCAUGAUUACCAGUACAACAUGGACAGUGAUCUUCCACGUAGAGAGGCACCCUGACCACCCCUGGUUCGAGCAAUGUGUCACUUUCAACAGUUUUCCCACGCCCACCUACGAACUGCUAUACAACGUCGCUGGUUUCCUGGCUAUGUACGCCAUCCCUCUCUUCACCAUCGUCUUCUGCUACGGCUCCAUUGUUAUUGUUCUCUACAGGAAAGAUGGGUGUCUCCGUGAGGGAGGCGGAGUGGAGGACAGGACGACCGGACCUUCCCUGGGUCGUACCAAGACUAGGACUUUACACAUGACUCUUAUUAUAGUCACUGUUUUCUUCCUAUGUUGGACUCCUUAUAAUAUUAUGAGUCUCUGGUACUUCAUCGACAGGGAAAGUGCACAGCUGGUGGACCCCAGAGUUCAAGCUUCCCUCUUCAUCUUUGCCGUGGCCAACUCUACCGUAAACCCGCUUGUUUACGGUUAUUUCAACGUCCGCCGUGGCAACAAAAGCGCCCCUCCGCGCCAGGAGUGGAGGAUGAAGCGAAUAGUCUACAAACCAACGUACCGUCAGCACCUGCCGGGUUGUGUUUGCAGCCCUGCCAAGAGUUCCUCCAGCGACCUGCCCUGCCAUCUACCCAACGAUUAUCGAACUCGCUACCCACUACACCCGCUGCAGCGUCCUGGAGUGUGAGAUCGCCUCUCGGAAACAUGGUGGCGCUCCUGAGGAAGACAAGGAGAAGGUUUCAACCAAAUACUCGUAUUGAGACCACUUAUUCGAGCUCAUAAUGCGGUGAUCUAGGAGCCUAUUGUUGAGACCUCUCGAAUUCAAGGUGGUGAGCCUGACGGAGGAGAAGUAGAAGCCACUAGUGAAGAUCACUUUCGACCUUCCAUCGAACUCAGAGUUGCGGUCUCCAAGGAAUACAAGUAGAAGGUAUCAACGAAGCAUUCGUACCGAGACAAUUCUUUUUUUUUUCGAAGUCAGGAUGAAACUCUUGAAGAAAAAGUAGAAAAUGUUAAUAAUGAGACAUAUGUUUAAGCUCAAGGUGACGUUGCUGAAGGUAGAGAGAGUCAGCGAGGUGUGUGAUGUAUGCGUUAACACAGCCUCUCAGUGGUGGUACUGGUCUGUUAGUGGACCCAUUCAGUGGCACCACUGACACUAUGGCGGACCCGUUAAGUAAUGCCGCAAGCAUUAUUGAUUAUUGGUGCUGAACUUAGAGUUCCCACUCUAAGCAUUCAUUUUAGAUCCUCAUAGCUUUCAUGUUCAACACCUGCGUAUCUUAGAGACACAUGUGCAACCCCUGGGUGUAUUUACCGAGAGACACAUUUGACACACCUGGAUGUCUUCAUGGGAGGGAACUUUCGCCUACCAAAAACAUCUUCAGUUAGUAAUUUGGUGAAGAGACUAGCCACCUUCAAAUGAAUGAGUAGUGAAUGAUUUUACAUCCUACAAUAUCCCCUUCACGACCAACUACUGUUACUACUACUGCUACUACUACCACCACUACCACUACUACUACUAAUACUAGUACUAUUACUGCUACUGCUACUAUUACUACUACUGCUACUGUUACUAAUACUACUACUACUACUGCUGAUACUACUACUGUUACAACUACUAUCAUUACCACUACUACUAAUACUAGUACUAUUACUGCUACUGCUGCUACUACUACUGCUACUACUACUACUAAUAUUACUACUACUACUACUACUACUACUGCUAUUAUUAUUAUUAUUAUUAUUAUUAUUAUUAUUAUUAUUAUUAUUAUUAUUAUUAUUAUUAUUAUUAUAAAUAUAUUAUUAUUAUUAUUAUUAUUAUUAUUAUUAUUAUUAUUAUUAUUAUUAUUAUU